AUGAACCUCAAAACUGAAAAGGAACUCUACUCGUCUUUUCCUCAGCAACCUAUAGAUGAAUCUUCACGUUCUGCCCUGGGCAGAAAUUUCGAUCUUCAUAUGUGUUAUGGCCUGUCGCUAGUCCGCAGAAGCAUUAUUUGUUACCCAGUGGAAGAAUCUUGGGGGGUGAUCCACCAUGGGGUUGAGUUUGAUGAUUGA